AUGACUGACAUUCUUAUUGCCGGAGCUGGUAUCAGUGGUCUUGUCACUGCUCUUUGCCUGCAUCGUGCUGGUUUCUCUGUUCGUAUUCAUGAACGCGCUCAAAAACUUGAGGAAGCAGGUUUCGGUUUAAAUCUCCAACCAUAUUGUGUCAAGUUAUUGUACGAGCUCGGACUCGAAUCAGAAAUGAAUGAAGUUGGCAUUCGUAAUAAUAAAGCAGUCUUGUAUUCACGUCAUGGUCAGUUCAUUCAUCAGGAUCCGAGAGGUCUCGAUGCAGGUUACAAAUGGCCGAUGUAUUCGAUGCAUCGAGGUCGUUUUCAACAACUUCUACUUCGCCAUGUACGAGAAGAAAUAGGCGCAGAGGUUGUUCGUCUCGGCCAAAAGUUAGUCUCAUUUCGAUCACAACCACAUUAUGUUGAAGUCGAUUUUGUGAAUUCAAUUACUGGUGAAUUUAAUACGGAAAGAGCCAAAGUGCUAUUAGGUGCUGAUGGAAUCAAUUCAACUGUACGUAAAAUUCUUUAUCCUGAUGAGGGUCCUCCUCUUUGGCAAGGUAUCACCAUGUGGCGUGGUGUGACAUGUAUGGAUAAGCUCUAUUUGGAUGGAAGAACCAUGAUUUUUGUUGGAAAUCCUGAUGAUCGUAACUUGAUCGUCUAUCCUGUAAGCGAGGAGCUCGUUAAUUGGGCUUUCACGGUUCGAAUUGAAGAACCAGGCAUACGACCUGCACCGAUGACAACCGAUUGGCAUCAUCUUGGUCACAUUGAAGAUGUUCUUCCUUUAUUAUCUGACAUGAAACUGGACUUUCUAGACAUUCCUAACCUCAUAAGUUCGUCGAUUAUUGUUAAUCAGUUUCAUCUCACUGAUCGUGAUCCAUUACCUCGAUGGACCUAUGACCGUGUUACUUUGAUUGGUGAUGCCGCUCAUCCGAUGUAUCCCCAUGGAGGUAAUGGAUGUUCUCAAGCUAUCCUUGAUGCUCGAGACCUUGUUCUGGCCUUUCGUGCACAUGGAAUCACGCCAGCAGGUCUCGAAAUAUACGAUCAACUACGACGACCAGUCUUGAAGGAUUCAAUUUUGGCUGCUCGUGAGUUCGGCCCCGAUAAAAUCUUGAAAAUAAUCGACGAACGAGCUCCAUUCGGAUUUCAAAACUUGUCGGAGGUCAUCUCUUCAGAAGAACUCGACAAGAUAUUCUCAGUCUACAGAAAACAGGUCAAUUGGAAUGUCGAAAAAUUGAAUCAAGAACUGCCACUCUUUUGA